UGCAUUGAAUGGACUUGGCUGCGGUGUCAUGUUCGGGAUUGCGCCAACUAUUACUAGCGAGUGGUUUGGUGUGAGGAGGUUUGGUUCCAAUUGGGGAUUCAUGUCCUACGCUCCAGCUAUAGGUGGCCAAUUGUUCAAUCUUUUAUUCGGCCUGAAUUAUGAUUAUCGUAAUCGAAACAGCAAAUGUUUAGGAUUCUCGUGUUACAAUGGAGCGUUCUACGCGAGUAGUGUGGGUAAUGCUAUAAGUGUGUGCAUGACUUUGGGACUGUUAAUGUGGCGAAUAAAGAAGGAUACGAUUCGGUGGCAGUGGAUACGUGAGACUGAAGCUAUUCGACAAGAUCAAGAGGAUACAGUCAUAAUUGGUAGUGUUAGUAAUGGAGAGAUUGUUGGGGUAAAUAGUGCGCACAUUGUGAGUGAGGGUGAUAUUGAAAAUGACGAAGGAGAGGUGGUAGUACAUAAUCAAAACGGAUUUUUGAGUAGUGAAAUUCGUGACGAUAAUUUGUUGUGA